AUGUCGCGCAAUCCGGGCUACUCGCGGGCGGGACCCAAUGGAGGCUAUGCCAACGCCAACGGCAGCUACAACGGGGGAGGUUAUAAUGGAUACGGCGGCGGCGACGGCAGCUACGACGGCCGACCGAGCGGCGAGCGAGCGCGAAGACCAGGCGGAUACGGCGGCAUGAGCGCGCAGCAGGACGACUACCCACCCCGACCGAGCAAUGAGCGCGAGCGACCCCGACGACCCGGUGGCUACGGUGGCCUUGCCCAAGAAGACGAGAUGGAGAGGAGGCCCAGCGGCGACCGAGAGCGCAGGGCGGGUGGCUAUGGGGGAGGCGGUUUUGCAGGGCGUGACGAGAGCCCUCGCCAGGUCACACGGCCUACCAGCAUCGAGCGCAGCCAGGCGAAACGACGCAGCGGAGAGCGCCAGAAUGGGAGCCGCCCCAGGAACGCAAACAACGGACAGGGCAGUCAGGCAAUCGAGGAGGUCCUCCAAUAUAUACGGCAGAACUGGGACUUCAUGACCAAAGACCAAUGCGUUCCCAUCGAAGUCGCCUUGAAGCUUAUGGACUCAAGUUCGCUCGGUCUGGCGAGUCAAGCUGGCCAGUUUCAGCAGACACACGACCAGCUGCAGAAUGCGCUCAAAGGCAUCGUCAACGAGCACCACCAGGGUUUCAACAGUUCCAUCGGUACCUUCCACCAGAUCCAAUCCAGCCUGCAAAGCUCCCAACACCGUGUCAGGACCCUCAAAGGCUCGCUUGUCGCGGCCAAAUCAUCCCUCUCUACAGCCAAGCCAGAGCUCAGGGAGUUUGCGACCACAUCCCAGAACUACGAUGAGAUGCUACAGAUGCUCGACACGAUUGAAAAACUUCAGCUCGUCCCCGAGCGGCUGGAGGCUCGCAUAUCGGAGAAGCGUUUCUUGACAGCAGUAGACAUACUACAAGAUGCGCUACGCAUGAUACGAAAGACUGAGAUGGAGAAGAUUGGCGCCCUAUCAGACUUGCGUACAUACCUCAGCAACCAGGAAGUGUCUCUGACCGACAUCUUGAUCGAAGAACUCCACAGCCAUCUCUACCUCAAAUCGCCCUACUGCGAAGACAGGUGGAAGGAGUAUGCCCAGAAUCAAGUCAAGGGUGACUUGUCUCAGCGUGCCCAGACUGACGCGAGGGGUCGGUUGCUUUACUACUUCCUUGAUGGUCUUGACACGUCAGAACCAAUGACCGAUGACUCCACCCACAACCCCGAAACAGACACAUUCCAGUACAUACGGCUGGUCAUGGAAGCAUUGAACAAGAUGAGCCGCCUAGACAUGGCAGUAGACACCAUCGAGCAACGCCUACCGGUCGAGCUCUUCAAGGUUGUCGACAAGUCUAACAACGAGGUCGCGCAACGCCACCCGAGCAUACUGCGAGCUUACUCCGCCAAGAAGAAGGGCAAGGCAAAGACUGAGGUAGAAAACGAGGAUGUUCGAACAACUUUGUUGAACGACUUGAUGUGGACCCUUUAUGCACGGUUUGAAGCAAUUGCGGAAAGCCACCGGGUUGUGCACGAUGUUGUGGCCGGCAUCGUCCGUCGGGAGAACCGAGGUGCAUCAAGUGCGACGUUGACCCGCGGCUUCAAAGAGUUGUGGAAGCUCUAUCAAAGCGAGAUGCGGUCACUACUUCACGACUAUCUUGCUACGGAUGGCGAAGCGUCUUACAGAGGCGGCCAAGGCCAGGCAUCUACUGGCAGCGCAUUCUCUCGCGCUCCUCGGGACCGGAGCAAGCGCAUGUUCAAGCUAUCCGACGUGGAUACAAAAGCGUCUGAGCUUUCCAAAGAGCGAGACGAUCUUGAGGUCAUCCUGAAGACGUCUGUGCCCGGACUUGUAUCUGACUCAAAGAGACCAGAGGAUGUCAACACCAGCACGGCUACCAAUCUCGAUGGCAGUGCGACUGGGCAUAAAUUGCUCGUUGAGCCUAGUGUGUUCAACAUGGGCAUACUAUUACCGCCAUCAUUAGACUUCUUGAACCGGUUGAAGGAGGUUGUACCCUCAAACGCUGACAUUAGCAUGAGUACUUUGACCUCGUUCUUGGACGAUUUCCUCGUCAACGUCUUCCAUCCACAGCUCGAUGAGACCCUUAUCGAGUUAUGUUCUCAGACCUUCAUCGAGGUUGACUCUUUCAAUGAGGACACUCAAUGGUCGAAACACUCAAAGAAGCCCAUUUUCAAGGGUACUGCACAAUUCUUCACACUCAUCACAGCUUUCUGCAAGAUGCUGGAUAACCUUCCCCAUGACCAAGCGUUCUCUCAACUCAUCGUCAAUCAAAUGGACACAUACGCUCAGAAGUGCACUGGCUGGUACAAAGCCCUCGUCAGUCGAUCACAGGCUACAGCAAGUGGUCGUCUAAUGAAGGCUCCUGCCGUCUGGUCAGAGUCCGAAGCAAUGGAAGACCUCAUCGCCCAUCUGGUGCGAAUAGACUCGUCUGACCAAGAGAGCUUGAACAAGGCCGUCGAAAGUGAAGUUGCUCUUUUGAUCGAAGCAGUCGAAGCCGAUGAGCCUCUAGAUCAAGCGGACAUGAUACAGGACAAGAAGAGUAUCGUCAGCUUAUGUUUGCUGUACACAAGCAUGAAGUGGCUGGCUACCAAGACCGCCCAACUUCGACAUAUCAGUGAUCGUGCCUCUGACCCGAUCAACGCUGAGUCGAGUGGCCAGAGGCACAAUAGACGGUGGACGCAGCUCUCCUCUGCCGAUCCCAGGCCACAGAGCGCUCAUAUCUACCUCCCAUUGAGCGCAGAUACAGCCGCUAUCUUCGACGCAGUAGUAGGAACCUACCAAGCCCUCAGCACACGCGUACUUCGCACCCUGCACCUCUCCAUACGCUCAACAAUCCUGUACUCGCUCAACGCAAGCAUCCAGCCCAACAUCUACAUCGACACACUACUCAGCGACCCCGACCCCGCCAUCCUAGCUCUGAACGCCACGCUCGUCUCCUUCGACACCGAAGUAUCAACCUACAUACCCACCGCCUCAUACGUGCACAUCACCCGCGGCCUCGCCACCCUAAUGGACACCUACCUCCUCAACCUCUGCACCUCCAAAAUCACACGCAUGAACACCAACGGCUGCGCGCUGAUGCAACUCAACAUCCUCGUCCUGCAGCAGAACCUCAAGAACAUCGAGGACGGCGCCACUCUGCCCUACGCAGCCCUCUUUUUCGAUCUCUUCACCGCAGGCCCAGACGCGAUUAUCGCUCGGGCCAAAGACUACGGCAAGGGCUUCGGCGUCCCACGCAAAGUGUUUGGUGAAGAGGAAGUGAAGAAGUUGUUGCAGAUGACGUAUGAAGAGAAGUUGAAUGCGGAGAAUAGGGAGGCUAGUGUGCAGGCGAAGAGGGCGUUGGAUGCGCAGUUGUUGGAGAUUAGUGAGUUUAUGUAUUGA